AUGGCGUCCGCCUCUGGGGUUGGGUCGUAUUCGAACCCGUUGAAGAAGUUCAAGCUUGUAUUCCUGGGUGAACAGAGUGUCGGCAAAACGUCAUUGAUUACUCGGUUUAUGUAUGACUCGUUUGACAACACAUAUCAAGCAACUAUUGGCAUCGACUUCUUGUCUAAGACUAUGUACCUCGAAGACCGAACUGUGCGCCUUCAGCUUUGGGAUACCGCCGGCCAAGAGCGCUUCCGUUCCCUAAUUCCUUCCUACAUCCGAGACUCGAGCGUUGCCGUGGUGGUUUAUGACAUUUCGAAUGCAAAGUCAUUCCAAAAUACCCGUAAAUGGAUUGAUGACGUGCGCGGAGAGCGUGGGAACGAUGUGAUAAUUGUUCUCGUGGGUAACAAAACCGAUUUGAACGACAAGCGGGAAGUCACCACCGCACAGGGUGAAGAGGAGGCCAAGAAGAAUGGGUUGAUGUUUAUCGAGACUAGUGCGAAGGUCGGGCAUAAUGUCAAACAGCUCUUCCGGAGAAUUGCUCAGGCUCUUCCGGGGAUGGACGGCGAGGCCAAGCAGGGCGAGAGCACAAUGAUCGAUGUCAACAUCAGCCCCAAGGAGACGACCAGCAAUGAUGGUUGUGCCUGUUAA